AUGCCUCACCCUCUUAACGGGGCUUGUUACUUAAUUGACAACAAGGAUGCCCUCGAGGUUUUCGUCAGUGAGAUCCAGGGCAUCUCCAAUGACCCUCCAUCCUUCUACAUCGACGCAGAGGGUUUCAACCUGGGACGAUUUGGGAUUAUGGAUCUUCUCCAAGUCCACGUCCUGCCAUUGCACGAGACCUUUAUCGUCGACGUCUUUACCUUGGCGCACCCGGCAUUCGAUACCAUGUUUCAAGGCAACUCACUUAGAAUGCUAUUGGAGUCGCUGUCCAUUCCAAAAGUCAUUUUCGAUAUUCGCAAUGACUCGGAUGCCAUGUUCAAUCUCUACAAUAUAGCCCUGAGCGGUGUGGUGGACCAGCACAUGAUGAAGUACUUUCAAGAAAAUCGAUGGGGUAGAAACUUGGCUGGCUUGAGACACUGCACCGAGCACGACGCCACACUCUCAUCUGAGGAGAUCCGGCGGUGGAGUGAAGUAAACGCGUCAGUUCUUCAUCCAAGAAGGGACGACGCAGAUUCAAAAAACUUUCCCUCCCAGAGAUGA